UUUCAGAAACUAGCAUUUCAACACCAGAGUGCAGAUUCUUUAUUUUCGUGACUUAUUUUCUUCGCUUAACGGCAGACAAUAUAAACCUACAAUGUCCAAACAAGUGGCUGUAGUUACAGGGGCAAAUAAGGGCAUCGGACUGGCAAUUGUUAAAGGGCUGUGCAAGGCAGGUUUCAAAGGAGAUAUUCUCCUCACUGCACGGAAUGAGAAACUGGGACAAGAGGCUAUUGCUGGACUGCAAGCGGAGGGGUGCAAAAACGUAAACUUCCAUCAACUUGAUGUUUGUGACCAAGGAAGCUCUCUAAAACUCAAGAAGUUCCUGGAGGAGAAGUACGGCGGCCUGGAUGUUCUUAUCAACAACGCGGGAAUUGCUUUCAAAAAUUCAGCAACAGAGCCAUUUGGAGAACAGGCUGAAGUGACCAUGCGCACCAACUUCUGGGGAACACUGUGGGUGUGUCAUGCUCUUCUGCCGAUACUUCGACCCAAUGCUCGCGUGGUCAAUGUGUCCAGCUUUGUUAGCAAGAAAUCCCUUGACCAGUGCAAUCCUGAACUACAGGCAAAAUUCAGAAAUAAAGAUUUGUCAGAGGAGGAGUUGUGCCUGCUGAUGGGAGAGUUUGUUCAUGCUGCACAGACAGGGGAUCAUACGGCUCAGGGCUGGCCAAACACUGCCUAUGGUACCACCAAGAUUGGUGUGACUGUGCUAUCAAAGAUCCAGGCUCGAGUUCUCAGCGAGACGAGGCCAGGUGAUGGUAUCCUCCUGAAUGCUUGCUGUCCAGGAUGGGUGCGGACUGACAUGGCUGGACAAAAUGCUACCAAGAGUCCAGAGGAAGGAGCAGAAACUCCUGUGUAUCUGGUCAUGCUGCCUGAAGGAGCCAAAGAGCCGCAUGGACAGCUAGUGUGGGACAAGACUGUACAGGAAUGGUAGAGUGAAAAAAACAGGCGUCAUCAGUUCAUUCCAUCUAAAAAAUAAUGUCAUGAUUACAUCUGACUUUUCCAAAAUAUACUGACAUGUUGACAUUAUGAGAGGCAUACUGUAAAAUGUUACUACUACUACUACUGUACAUGAAAUUACAUUCUCUGACAUGUAGUUGGCACAGUUUUCUUGAAAGUGAAUUGUAUGGUUUAUGAGUUCUCCAUAUCAGAUGUUCAGUAUCUUUUCAGUUUAUUGGGUCAUUUUGUUUAUCUCACUAAGAUAAAUAGAAGAUAAACAGAUUUUGGCCUCAAAUCAUUUUUCCACAGAACAGAUUUGACUAUCUGCACAGACUGAAAUCUCUGUAUACAUUCCUAUUUUAUGAAGCUAAAUGAAUAUUUAGUUUGCCAAAAUAUUUGUCAACUUGUGAUCUUGAAUUGUAAGUAACAAUUAAAAUGAUUGGUUGUCUGCUUGA